AUGAGCGAAAAUUAUAUAAACUUGUAUUUUUUUGCGCCUGAAACAUCAAAGACGUUGGUUAGAAAGGAUGAAACUUCAAAGAAAAGAAAACCAAACAUGUUCAUUUUAUAUCGUACAGAUAUGUUGAAGUAUAGACCAAACAAUAUAACCAUGACCGAAUUCAGUAAACAAAUUUCAGCAAAAUGGAAAAACUUAUCUGAAAGGGAAAAGGCUGAAUUACAAAAGAAAUAUCAGAUCAAAAGAGAUCAAAAUUUAAACAUGUUCAUCGACGACGUCGAUACCAACCAAGGAGGAGGAGCCUCAAAAGUUAGUUUCCUCAAAAAGGCAAAGCUCUGA